UCUUUUAAUAGGUUAUGACAUUUGUUUGUGAUGUUAUGUUGUAUUUAUUGUGCAUUAGCCUCUUAUAAUAUGCUGGGACGGUCAGUUGAGCAACAAGAUCACAGCACAUCUCAAUUCUCAAAUGAUGUGUUCUGUGUCCUCGCGUCCUUCCGAGUUCGUUCUUUCAAGGUCGCCUGGAAAGACUGGACUCCAUGAGAACGCAAGUCCGUUCUCUGCGUUCUUGGAAUUGAGAAAUGGCCAAUGAUUCAUUCACAAAUACAGCUACUUUUUCAAGGGGACAAGUUUUCAUGUUCAAGGGGACCUUUAAAGCACUGUGUGAUGUGUUCUGCUGCAUCAAAGUCUCAGCACCAUCUGUGUUCAUUUGGGCUCAUUCUUUGUACAGAUGGAUUUAUUGACUGAUUUUAGCUUUUAAAACAGUGCAGGCACAUCUGUUAUUAAAAUGUCUUCAUGCAAACAGUUGUACUAAUUGCAAGUGAAUUAAAGCCUCCUUCAGUUUUUAGUGUGGUAAACAGGAAGUUUCCAGUUUUACAGGGCAUUUCCAGUCUGGAUGACCUCACUGGGGAGGUCACCAAUUUGUCUUCAAAUAUCCGGGUCGACAAGAGUUGCAUUACUUGCUGCUUCUUUUCACCUGAAGAGCGUCUCUGAUCCAGAAGCCUUGCUGAUAUUUAAGUAGCAAGUUUUUAAAAGUCAAUAUUUCUACUGCUGGAGAAAGAAAUUAUCCAAAAUUGCCUCCUGUACAUUAAAGAACAGACCACAAAGCAGUCUUCUGUACCAGAUCGAUCCUAGUAUAAAGAAAAAUGGGGUGGAGUGACAUCUUCUAUCCUGAUAAUCCUAAAAGAAGGGAGGAGCUCAUCCGCAAAAGUCAACAGUUUCAAGAUCUGAUGGAGAGCAACUUCUAUGCCACCAAUGAACUAAUUGAUGUUAUGAACGAGCACUUGAAUUGCUCCUUCCAACAUAUCGAGCUGAAUGAGGAAGCUUCACUCCAGAAGAACUGUAAUGUGAUGAUUGAAUGCAUGCAUAAGAUCCAGGCAGUGGUAGAGAAGAUUGACAAAGAGCUGAAGGAGAAGCUGGAACCCACCCUGUAUGAGAAACUGAAAGUGCUAAACCUGUCUCUGCCUCCUGAACAACUGAAAGGCCUUUUGAUAGCUAUCAAAGCAGUUUGUGGUGUUGAAGGUCUGAAAGCUACUGCUGUAGUUAGUGUAUUAAUUAAUAAUGGAGAUAUUCUGGCAAACUUAGUAAGUAAGAUUGGUAAAAUCGCAACAGGGGCAUUGGCUAGUGUUGGGUUGGCAGUGGUGUUUUUGGGGAUCGACAUGAUUUUUGAGGCCAUUGCUGGGAGCAUUGAGCGUGAUAAACUUGAGAAGGCCCUGAAAGAGUAUGAAGAAGCUUUGAUUGAAUUCAAACCAGCAUCUUUAAAGUAUCAGCAUAACAUCAUGAAGGUCCAAGUCAAAAUUGAGAAAAUGAAGAAAUAAGACAAAUGCUUUCUUUCUCCUGCCUGAAAUGUUUGCUGGAAUUAUAAACUAAUAAUUGUUAUUACAUCUUUGUGCUUAAAAACAUGCAGAAACAUAUGAAAAUUUAAAUUAUAUGUACAAUGUAGAAAAAGAAAGUGUCUAGUGAGAAAUAAAUCACAGUUCUCCUGCUUUUAAAAGACAACUUAAAAGAUAUGAGUUACAGGUUUCAUUUAUCUAUCUGUAAAUAUCUUGAUAUUGAUUAAACUUUUUCAUUUUGUGGUUGUGUUUAAGAAACAGCUGCCGAUUUAUUUUGUGAUUGUACUGUAAACAAUAAAUUCUGGGUUGAUUUAAUUUCUUAUUUUUAACCCUAUUAAUCUGACCCAAUAAAGAUAUUAUUUGUUUAUCAUGAAAACCCAAAAUCGUGAUCUUUUUAAUAUGAUCAUGAUUUCUUUAUAUGGAAAAAUUUUCAUCCACAAAUAAAAGUGGCUUAAAUCUCCUUUAUGUUUUCCUCUUUUUUUAUGUUGAAUUUAACUCUCGGUUCAUCCCUCGGGCUUAUAAAUAACUCAAUAAAUUAUCACUGUAACACGGUUCGUAUAUACGGGAAGAAGGAGGCGGGAACUGGCGAACAUUCAACAAAACUUUAAUUCAAAAUAAACAAAUACAGAACAAAAGUAAUGCCG